AUGGCGAUGCGGGCCACGGCCGUUGUGUUCCUGAGCCUGUGCCUCGCUGAGGCCGUGCGGCCCGCACCGAAGGGCCUCUUGGGGCUGGAGGCAGAUGAUACGAAGAUCGAGGCUCCCUCGCAUGCUUCUUUCGAAGAGGCAAAGCGCGACGUCGUGGGCGCCUUGAGCUCCCCCGAGGCCGGAUCGUUCAUUUUGGAAGACCCGUCGGCCCUUCCCGCUUGCGGUCUCCCAAACUCGGGGCAUCACGUCUUGAAGACCUCCAUGACCUUCAAUGACAGCUGCGUCUGGCGCGGAGAGGAGGGACUGAAGGUCACCCUGAAGGCGCCGCUCACGUUCAAAGGCAACCUCUUCCUGGAGGGCGAGCUGCGUGUGGAAGCUGCCGGCCCACCGAGGGCUUCCUGCGUGACGGUGCUGGGGACCCUGUCACUCCACGCCGCCCGCGCAGUCUUUGUCGGCUGUAGAAACAAGGCUGGACAUGGGGGCGCCGUGUACGUAGGGAAGGACUUCAUCCUCAGCCGCAGCCACCUCCAGAUUGAAAACUGCACUGCCAAAAAGAGUCCGGCGCCCCAGCUCUUCCGCGCUCCUCCGAGCAGUGGAGGCCCCCAUUGCCAUGCCGAGGCAAUCAUCUAA